CUCCCCCCUUCGCACAACCGAUUGUGCUCUCUCGGCACCAUUGCGGACGCUCAUCGAUCUCCCGUAUAGACCACGCACGCCUUCACGAUGGCGAAGGAGCGGACCAUCAACCCGGCGACUGCGGCGCUGAAGGCGGCCAAGAAGAAGGACAUCAAGAAGGGCAAGGCCAACGUGGAACGGCAGCGGGCGGAGCGCUUCGCGAAGCGCAACCCGUUCCGCAUCCAGCAGCAGAUCGACGAGCUCAAGCAGGCGGAGGCGAGCGGGAACCUGAAGCCGAAGGACCGGCAGCUGCUCGAGCAGCUGCAGCGGGAACACAAGGCGAUUCUGCGUGCGCGCGAGCAGCUGGGCGACAAGGCGCCGCAGUUUCACGCGCCGAGGAGGGACGGCGGCGGCAGCGGCAGCGGCGGCGUGCUGGGGAAACGGCGGCGGGGCGACGAGGACGCGCGCAGCGACAGCGAGACGGACGAGGACGUGCGGGACAUCCCGAUGCCCAAGGACGUGGAGAACAUGCCGCCGGCGCCGCGGCGGCGGGCGCGCGACAAGGACAGGGUCGACGCCGCACAAGUGGACCUGUCGCUGCCGAAGAAGCCGGAAAUCAAGAGCCAGGUCGUGUACGAGUCCGCGCCCGUGAUCCGGGACCUGAGGAAGGAACCGGCGCGGGCCUUUGUGCCCUCCUCCGUGGCGCGAAACAUCAAGCAGAUCAAGGGCAGAGGCGAAAGGCUCAUCGAGCCCGAGGAGCUGGACAAGCUCGAAAAGGCCGGAUACAACGCUGCUCGGGGCGCCGCGGACGAAGCGGUCAAGGAAGCCGAGCAUGAAACGGUGGCCCGCGAGGCUGGUGGACAGUACGUGGAGCCGGAAAGGCAGCCGAGACACGCCGAAAACUCGCCCGGAGAGCAGGUCGAGGACUUGGAGCAGGCUUCGUAUCACGAUGCGGAGAUGGCGGUCGCUGAAGCGGUGAAAGAAGCAGAAUAUGAGAUGAUGCGGAGAGAGCUCGAAGAAGGAUAUACCGGCGACGCGAGCAGAGAAGGCGAAGUUGCCGAGACACAGCUUAGAAAAGUGGAGAUGGAGGAAGUAGAGGACGAGGACGGAUAAGCGGUCAUUAAACAAUAGGUGAAGCAUUACUGGGUAUCUAGAUGUAUACACGGAUGAGAAACAAAAAAAAAUUACGCGCCACUUUUCUUCAUA